AUGUCAUUAUUUUGUUCAACUUCAAUCAUUCUGGAGAAGACGAAAGAACUUGGUGCAGGAACAGGAGUGUGCAGUAUUGUAUUAGCAGCGUUGGGUGCAGAUGUCGUUGCAACUGAUUUAUCGGAAGGAAUCAAAUUACUGGAACAAAAUAUUCGAGAAAAUUGGGAAACGAUAACAAGAAACGAAGGCUCUGUUAAAGCUGAAAUUUUGGAUUGGAAUGAUCCUUGUGAUAAACCUCUUUCAUUCGACGUUGUAAUAAUGGUCGAUAUAAUUUACUACUUAAGGGCAUUAGAAGGACUUGUUAGAAUAAUAUUGCAAUUGGAAGCGACAAUGAUUUUUUGUUGCUACGAAGUGCGCGAUAUUGGAGAACCGAAAAUUGCUCAAGCAAAAUUUUUUGAAAUGAUAUCUCCUUUUUUCAACAUUUGUCCUGUAGCAGAUAAGGAGUUAGAUGAGAUAUUGGACAGUCAAUCGUUGGAAAUAGCAAGCAUUAAAUUGGAAAACAAAAUCGUCGAUUAUCGUGUGGAAAGUGCUGACAUUUUGGGUGAAAAAAUAAUAAUCGAUGUGGGUAAACGAAAAGAAGGAGAUAAAUUCAAUCUCACCAUCAUUUACAACACAGGCGAAAGAUGCUCGGCGUUGCAAUUUUUAAAAGCCGAACAAACAGUAACGAAAAAAAAACCCUAUUUAUUCAGCCAAUGUCAGCAUAUACAUGCUCGUUCAAUAGUACCAUGUAUGGAUACACCUUCCGUAAAACAAAGUUACGAUGCCGUAGUAGCUGUUCCCAGUGAUUUGGUAUGCCUUAUGAGCGCAGUUACUAUAGGUGAUCCGGAAGAAGUUGGAAAGUUAAAAAAAUAUUCAUUCAAGCAAUCAAUACGAAUACCUUCUUAUCUUUUGGCCAUUGUUGUUGGAUUAAUGGAGAAACGAGAUUUGAGCUCACGCUGUGCCGUUUGGGCUGAACCGACUGUAAUUGAUAAAGCAUUUUAUGAAUUUGCUGAAACGGAACGAAUGCUAAAAGCUGCUGAAAGUUUAUUCGGAAAAUAUGAAUGGGGAAGGUAUGACUUGGUUGUGCUUCCGUCGUCAUUUCCAUUUGGUGGUAUGGAAAAUCCAUGUUUAACAUUUGUAACUCCGACAUUAUUAGCUGGUGAUCGGUCGGCAGUUCAUGUGAUAGCGCAUGAAAUUUCACACAGCUGGACGGGAAAUUUAGUUAGCAGUGCUAAUUGGGAACAUUUUUGGCUAAAUGAAGGUUUCACCACAUUCCUGGAACGUAAAAUAAUAGGAAAACUUGAAGGAGAAAAACAACGACAGUUCGAGGCUCAAUGCGGUUGGGAAGAACGUUUGAUGAGUGCCGUUAAAGAGCAGUUUUCGGAUGAUGAUCAAUUUACGAAAUUGAUACCAAAUUUGCAAAACAGACAUCCUGAGGAUGCAUAUUCAUCGAUCCCAUACGAAAAGGGAUCAGCUUUUCUCAUGAUUCUUGAACAAGAACUUGGUGUAAGUCAAUUCAAUGAAUUCUUGAAGAAGUAUAUUGAGAAAUUUGCUCAGAAAUCAAUAGUAACUGACGAUUGGAAAACCUUUUUGUAUGAAUAUUUCUCAGAUAAGAAAAAUGUGCUUGAUAGUAUUGAUUGGAAUAAUUGGUUACAUGAUGCAGGAAUCCCCAAAACAAAACCGCAAUUUGAUGAUACAGCUAUACGUGAGGUUGUUGCAUUGGCAGAAGAAUGGAUGAAUAUGAGUGAUUCUGAAAUAAUGAAUAUUGAUAAUUCGAAAUACCUCUCUCUUUCUACACUGCAGAAGGAGAAAGUGUUGAGCCAUUUACGAUUGACAAAAAAGCCACUUUCACAUGCGAAAUUGGCACGUCUGGAUGAGGUAAAUCAACUCUCAAAAACUGGGAACUGUGAUAUUUUAUCAAGUUGGAUUCAGUUAUGUUUGAAAAAUUAUUGGGAAGACAUUAUACCGCUUGCUUUCGAUUUUGUCACGCAACAAGGUCGGAUCAAAUAUGUACAACCAAUUUAUAGGGAUCUUUUCCUUUGGUCAGAAAGUGCUGGUCGUGCAAUUGAGUUGUUCAAAAAAAAUGCUCCUUCGAUGCAUCCAAUUACAGUAUCGGUUGUGGCAAAGUUGAUCCCAAAAUAA